GCGCCUCCCCGCCUCGUGACUACAAGUCCCAUCGUGCCCUGCGCUCACGCACGUUACGCCAGAGCAAGAUGGCCGACACAGCGGCCCCCGUCGGGGCUGGUACCUCCGGAACGAGGUCAGGGAGUAAGCAGUCCACAAACCCUGCUGAUAACUACCACCUGGCCCGGAGGAGGACCCUACAGGUGGUCGUGAGCUCCUUACUGACGGAGGCCGGAUUUGAGAGCGCCGAGAAAGCCUCCGUGGAGACGCUGACGGAGAUGCUGCAGAGCUACAUUUCAGAAAUCGGGAGGAGUGCCAAGUCUUACUGUGAGCACACCGCUAGGACGCAGCCCACCCUGUCAGAUAUUGUGGUCACACUGGUUGAGAUGGGUUUCAAUGUGGACACUCUUCCUGCUUAUGCAAAACGGUCUCAGAGGAUGGUCAUCACUGCCCCUCCCGUGACCAAUCAGCCGGUGACCCCCAAGGCCCUCACGGCGGGACAGAACCGGCCUCACCCACCGCACAUCCCCAGCCACUUUCCAGAGUUCCCCGACCCCCACACCUACAUCAAAACUCCGACGUACCGGGAGCCUGUGUCAGACUACCAAGUCCUGCGGGAGAAGGCGGCAACCCAGAGGCGUGACGUGGAGCGGGCGCUCACCCGGUUCAUGGCCAAGACAGGCGAGACCCAGAGCCUGUUCAAAGAUGACGUCAGCACAUUCCCAUUGAUCGCCGCCAGGCCGUUCACCAUCCCCUACCUGACAGCCCUGCUUCCGUCAGAGCUGGAGAUGCAGCAGAUGGAAGAGACAGACUCCUCGGAGCAGGAUGAGCAGACAGACACGGAGAACCUCGCUCUGCACAUCAGCACGGAGGAUGCCGGAGCCGAGAAGGAGAACACCUCUGUCCUGCAGCAGCCCCCUUCCUUAUCAGGAAGCCGGAACGGGGAGGAGACAAUCAUCGACAACCCCUACCUGCGCCCCGUCAAGAAGCCCAAGAUCCGCAGGAAGAAGUCCCUGUCGUGAGCUGAGGAGGAAGCCUGGCUUGUACAGGGACCAGGAUACCACCCUCCUGGGGGAGUUAAACUCACUGGAGGGCCGAAGACAGGAGGACACACCCCCUGGCUAAACCAGACUGUCAUGGGGUAUGAGUUUAACAUCACCGCUUUUAUUCCCAUUACCUGUCCUUGUGGGAGGUUUGCACCUAGGAGGCUUCCAAGUCAACCUUCCUGUUCUGCUGCAGCCCUCAACACAGCCUAGGUCAGGGACUUCAUUUGCUGUCAUAGGACCCGGAUCCCUUGCAAGCCCAGGGAAGGCAUCUGAAAAAAGGGGACCUACUGCUGCCUCACUGCACCAGCAGGGCUUUGCCCCAGUAUCCAUGUUGGGAUGCCUGGACCUCAUUUACGGAUUCACUCUUGGGAGAUGCUGGCUCAUCAUCCCAGACAUGUGGACUGCUCACUUCAUCUGGGUCCCCAGGACCCUGGCAAGCCGAUGGCAAGUGGCCCUGCACCUUUUCAUCACUCUGGAAGUGGGUGGCCCACACAGCCCAGCCUUCAUCUGGAGCUGGCAGGAGUCAGGAGUGUCCCACUGACAAGAGCAGGGUGGCUGAGGUGACAGCAGUGUGACUCUGUGUGACAGUUCAUCACCAGGCAUCACCCCAAAUCCUGGGCUUGGGAAUGACUGCAUGCUAUCUCCUAGGAAGAGAACUUUUCCUGACAGAAACCUGGAGUAGUGUCUGUGAUUCAUGGGAGAUCCAUAGAGUCAGACAAUAAGAAUGGGGUAGAGUAGAACCAGACUUGGACAGCUAGUCUGCUGGAAGGCCAUGAUGCUACCUGCCAGCGGAAGUCAGCGGAGAGAAGCCUGCGGGCCCAGCCCCAAUGUUCCCCAGGAAACAGGUCUGAAUCUGCUCAACCUCGUCACCUCCUGCGGAGAGAAGUUUACGUUACUUUACUACUGUAUUCUGCAAGCCAGAAAAAUGUUUU